GAUAACAUUGAAAUCCCUAUCCCAAGGUACUUUAUCAAGGAGAAACUUAAAGCAUUAAAAGAGAGAGAGAAGAUCCUUGCUCAGAUCAUGUUGGAUGCCGGAAUGUAUGAAGAUGAACCCAAAAAACCUGUGAAGGUCAUGCUUUUAGAAGAAGCUGUUAGAGUAAUUCAAAUAGCUGAGCGAGCUCGACAGGGCCGACUCAGGGCUACAUUCAUGAAGCAAAUCUUUCUUGAAGAAAAGAGAGAACGAUUAGCCAGGCUUCAGGGUACAAAAGGUCCAGAUGUUGAAACUGCUGCAAUGUGUAUUCAAAGGAUCCCACCACCCCAUUUCCAGAGACCUAGUGCUUCGUUAUUACGUGCCCAGAAGGUUGAUACUUUAAGAUGUGAAAUUCAAGAGAAAUAUGAAUCAGACUUCCAGAAAGCUCUAGUAAGCAUCAAAGAGCGAGUGAAAGAAAUUGAAGGACCAGACAUCAAAGAAACCCUCCAAGACCAGAUCCGCCAGUGGUUUAUUGAAUGCCGGCACAUUACAGGAAAAUUUCCUGAUUAUCCUGAUGAAGAACAAGGUGGCUCAGCAGUUCUUUUCUCAGAAAAAACUCCAGAAGAGGUUGCUGCUGAACUAGCUGCUAAAGCAGAAGAAGAACAGAAAAAGAAAGGGAAAAAGGGGAAAAAGGAAAAGAAAGAAAAGGGCAAAUCGAAGAAGAAAGGAAAUGAGAUAGAAGAAAAGAAACCAAAGAAGAAAGAUGAGGAAGAAGAGGAAGGUUGGAAAAUGUCCCCAAGUAAUUUUCUCCCAAUAAUGGAAGAAGGAAACAACAAAUACAAAGAUAUUUGGAAGAAUAGAGAUGAGAAAUGGAACUUUUCACAAGAAUAUGACCCAGAACUAAUCAAAGAAGAAAAAAGGAAAGAAGUGGAAGAAGAGAUCAGAGUUCAGGUUGAUGAAUUAAUGCGCCAGGAACUGAAAAAUCUAAAAUUAGCCGUGGAUAGAGAGACAGAGAAAACUGGAAAAAAAGGAAAAAAAGGGAAGAAAAAGAAAAAAGGGAAAAAAGGUGGAAGAAAGAAAAAGGGAAAAAAGGAUAAAGAUCUGACAGCUGAUCGGACCAUUGAUUCUCUUUACCAAGAGCUGGUAGAAGAAGGAAUAUUAAUAAGAAGUAAAAAAGUAAAACUCAGCGAUUAUGUUGGUGAAUACAGCUAUCUGGGGACUACACUUCGACAAGUAGAUGUAGAACCAAUGCCUUCUCUUACAGAUGUGAAGCAACUUAUAGUCCUGUAUGGAAUAUUGCCAUUAGGUAAGUUCACAGGAGAACUGGGCAAAAGGAAGAAUACAAUGCUUGGGUUUCUGACAGUUUCAUAUUUUUAUUAG